AUGGCUAAGGAAGAAAAAGAUACGAAAAGACCCUUAUGUGAGGGCCCUUUAAACCUCGUCCUUAAGCUGUCGCGAGUGUUCGGCAUGGCACCUUUGACUUUUGUACCUGAAGGGAUAAAAUUUUCACUUGUAUACUAUAUAUGCAGCAUCGCUUUUAUUACAGCUCUAGAAACAACAAUCUUAGUAGGUUUCGUGAUGGAAGUGACAUAUCCAAAGCAAUCGCGUCGUGCGGCCACCACACAUAUAAUAUGGCUUGCUUAUCAGUCAGUUUUAUCUGCUGUCACUUUAGUGGGCUGUUUUACGGCCCCCAAGCGCUGUCGGUGUAUACUCGAUGCCUUAACUCGUAUUGAAAAGAUCAGAAACUUUCUGGGCGAGAUAAAGUCAAAGCAAAUCGAAGCGAUAUAUAUGUAUGCAACUAUAUUCUGUUUCCUAUCCGCUGUGGUCAUUCUCUGCCUUAUUGACUGGUAUCAAUACUUGUGUGUGCCGUUCUAUUUAAACAACCCAGUAAGUUUGUAUCCCCUCUCUUCCUACUACCUGGAGUACAUCAUAGAAAUACUGCUAGAGUUUCAGUUUGCGAUCGUUGUAAUUAGACUAACUGUUAUACUAAGGGUAGUUAACAGUAGACUUUCGAAGUUGCUAGAAGGAAUGGAUAGAAGGAAGUGUGGAAACAAGAAACCAUUAAUUAACAACUUCACACUCCCCAAAAAUAUUCUUUUUAACAACGACUGUCAUCAGAUGGAAGUAUAUGAAGAACAGGCGAGCGAAGAGAUCCGAGUACUCUGGCUAGUAUACGAGUUGGUGUGUGACCUGAUUCGGAGAGUGGAUCGAGGCUUUGGCCUCAUACUGCUGCUUUUGUUGCAGUCAUUUUUCCUUCACUUCAUUAUGACACCAUAUUAUAUCCUAAACAUUAGCCAAAUUCCUUCAGGACUGUCGUCACUAGGUCAUCAAGUGGCCUGGUUCCACUUCCACGCUGCUAGCGUUAUACUCAUUGUGGAACCCUGCCAUCGUGUGCAACAACAGAUGUCCAAAACUCGAUCAUUAGUCAGCAAGUUGAUGUGUCAGACGAGGCCUAAUGACAGUCUUUCACGAUCUCUUGCUGCUUUCUUCAGAAGUCUUACCUUAGAGCAGCCACUGAUAGCACCUUUGGGAAUGAGCGUGCUUGAGAGACCUCUCCUCAUCACGGUUAGCGCUUAUUAUACAUAA